GCCAAACUGUUCCACAAUACAAUGUGCAGCAGCAAAUCUCUUCGUCUGAUUUAUGUGCGAAUGGAGAUGGUCAGCGACUGAAUACUAUGGGGACAUUGUACAAACUGGAGUAUUUAUAAAAGAGUGAUCUCCUUUGUCUUCUAAAGCAGCUCUUCUGGAGAAACUGAAGCGGGCGGCGGCUUUCAUCUUGACUCCAGCCAUUUAGAGAACUCGAUAUUUUGACAUUAUCCCACCAACAUGGGUGAUGAUGGGGAGAGGCAAAGAAGAGAGGUGAGCCAGGCUGAUAACAACAGUGUCAAACAGGCCCCCAACUGCAAACCCAAGUUGGAUCACAAGGAGAACACCGGCAACCAAGACCGAGGGAAGAAGGUGAAGUCUGUCAAACCGAGGAGAUCUCGAAGCACCGACUCCGAAAGGGUUGGGAGGGACCGAGGGAGGAGGAGGGAGAGGGGCCCAGGAGAACGGAGGCAGCGUGGGAGGAGUGAGGAGACUCGCAGACGAGACAGGAAGGAGGGAGAGGAUGAGAAAAAGAAGUCCAAGCCUCCCGAGGAUGAAGUGGAGGACACUGAAUGUGUUGUCUGCUUCUGCUCUUAUGACAACAUCUUCAAAACUCCCAAGCUGCUCUCCUGUGGACACACCUUUUGCCUGGAGUGCCUGGCACGCAUCAAUGUUUCCUCUGCUGAGGUCAAGACCCUGACCUGCCCUGUGUGUCGGGAGCUGACCGAAAUCCCCCAUGGCCGGGACCUGCCCCAGCUUGGCAACAACCAGGACAUCUUCCGUAAACUCCCUCCAGAGAUGCAGAGGGCACUGUCCAUCCGCUUCAAACGCAACAAGGGUAAGCUAGUCCUGAAGAACACCCAUUCCAGCAGCCCGACAAAAACCAACACUCUCACUCUGCCCAAGAAGAAGUCUAUUGACCAGACCAUGGCCGGCGGGGAUCUUCACCUGGGCACCGUGGAGCACGGCAUGGUCCAAGCCACCGUGGUGGAUGUGGGCAGGCCUCCUAGUAGGGUCAGAGGUCGCCUGCGGCAGUUGUUCAGCUCUGACAGGUGCUACUAUGCUGUGGUGGCGUCCAUCAUCACCAUCACUGUGGCACUCAUGCUGGUGGGGAUUCUAGCCUUUGUGGUCAUGCCCAACAUCAUUGCUCAUGAUAGGCCCUUGCACCCUGUUAACCAAACGUUGCAAGAUAAUCCAGGUAGUUCCCAGCCAGGAAAUCCAGGACAAAGACCCUGAAGGGACAGGAGAAAUGGAGCUUAGGUUUGAGACUAAAACUGGAGUGAGAGAAAAUCGCUUUAAUGAAAUGUGAUUAUCAGUGACCCUUAGUGGUCUUGUCGAUCCUGUCUUAGACUGCGCUGAGUGCUUUAUACAAUGUUUAAGCAAUACACAUAGCUCUGGAAUGCAGGGAACUUGCUUCCAUGGAGGAAAACUGAAGAAUUAAAGGAAAACAAGAGCCAUGCCUGGAACCGUUGCCUCAUUCGCUCAUUUACUAUUCCCUACAUAUGAAACACUCCAUAGUAGGAAGUAACAAAUGGAGAUUUCAGACACUACUGACUCGUCGUUUUGCAGCUUUUUCUGGUCCCGUCACGUGGUAUUUGAUAGUGACAAAGUGUGCAUGAGCAGAGCAGAGAAAUGGUGAAACAUUGCAUGAUAGUAUUUUUAGUGUAAAGUAGAGUACUGGAGUAGAGUGUUGGAGUACAUUUUCAGUUGCAUUGUGGGAAUUUCAGAGGGUUGUAAUUACUGAAUAAAUUUUACAGGUAGAUUUUGGACACUCAAACAAAAUGGAGGAAGGUGACUAUAAUGCACUAGUUUCACACACGGCUGAGGACUCGGUAGUAAACGAAGAGACUCACAGCUUCAGAACGGCACGCUGAGUACAGGGAAGCCUGUUUGUUCUUUUCUAAAAGCUCUAUUGUGUUGAAGGGAUAUGCUUUUAUUACUGUGAAUGAGACUGACGCUGCAAUAACCUGGAAGAAGGCCAUGAAUGUUUAGUGUGGAGUGACGACCGUAUUGAUUUACGUAUGACUCUGCUGUAAAUAGUCCAGAGCAUUAACCUGUCAUGAAGGCCAUGAAUAUGUUUGGUAUUUUGCAUUCAGCCACAAUCAAAAUAUCUCAGGUUGUUUUUACUUCUUGCCACCUUUGUACAUGUUCACCAACAGCUGUAUCCAGAGACAUGAUUAUGAAGUAUUUCUUCUCUUUCCGUGUUUAAAAAGGUAUCCUUUCCUUGAUUUUUGACUAACUGAUGGGUUGUAAUUCUUCCAUAAAGCUUUUUUUUAAUUUUGUUCCACAAAGAUGUAUGUGCAGAUCAUAGCUCAGUGUUAACACUGGAGAGCGAAUUUAAUGACAUGUCACUAUUUUAUUAAACCAAUAAA